AUGGCGAUGCUGCCUCCUCCAGGACCUCAGAGCUUCGUUCACUUCACAAAACAGUCCCUUGCCCUCAUUGAGCAACGCAUUUCUGAAGAAAAAGCCAAGGGACACAAAGAUGAAAAGAAAGAUGACGAGGAAGAAGGUCCCAAGCCCAGUAGUGACUUGGAAGCUGGUAAACAGCUACCCUUCAUUUAUGGAGACAUUCCCCCUGGAAUGGUGUCAGAGCCCCUGGAGGACCUGGACCCAUACUAUGCAGACAAAAAGACUUUUAUAGUAUUGAACAAAGGAAAAGCAAUCUUCCGUUUCAACGCCACCCCUGCUUUGUACAUGCUGUCUCCCUUCAGUCCUCUGAGAAGAAUAUCUAUUAAGAUCUUGGUACACUCUUUAUUCAGCAUGCUAAUCAUGUGUACAAUUUUGACAAACUGCAUAUUCAUGACCAUGAGCAGCCCUCCAGAAUGGACCAAAAACGUAGAGUACACUUUUACUGGGAUAUAUACUUUUGAAUCACUCAUAAAAAUCCUUGCAAGAGGCUUUUGCGUGGGCGAAUUCACCUUCCUCCGUGAUCCUUGGAACUGGCUGGACUUUGUUGUCAUUGUUUUUGCAUAUGUGACAGAGUUUGUGGACCUGGGCAAUGUCUCAGCGUUGAGAACAUUCAGAGUUCUCCGAGCAUUGAAAACAAUAUCAGUCAUUCCAGGACUAAAGACUAUCGUGGGGGCCCUGAUCCAGUCAGUGAAGAAGCUCUCUGACGUCAUGAUCCUCACUGUGUUCUGUCUCAGUGUGUUUGCACUAAUUGGACUGCAGCUGUUUAUGGGCAACUUGAAGCAUAAAUGUUUCCGGAAGGACCUUGAUCAGAAUGAAACAUUAGAAAGCAUCAUGAGUACUUACAAUGGAACUAUUAUAAAUGAAACUGUUUAUGAAGAGAACUGGAAAUCCUUUACCAUAAAAAUGGAAUAUUUUUAUUACUUGGAGGGAUCCAAAGAUGCUCUUCUUUGCGGUUUCAGCACAGAUUCGGGGCAGUGUCCAGAAGGGUAUGAAUGUAAGAAGGCUGGCAGAAACCCAGAUUAUGGCUACACAAGUUUUGACACCUUCAGCUGGGCCUUCCUGGCCUUGUUUCGGCUAAUGACUCAGGAUUACUGGGAGAACCUUUAUCAACAGACUCUGCGUGCUGCGGGCAAAACCUACAUGAUUUUCUUUGUCGUGGUGAUAUUUCUGGGCUCCUUUUACCUAAUAAACUUGAUCCUGGCUGUGGUAGCCAUGGCGUACGAGGAACAGAACCAGGCCAACAUCGAAGAAGCUAAACAAAAAGAGUUAGAAUUUCAGCAGAUGUUAGACCGACUCAAAAAAGAGCAGGAAGAAGCCGAGGUAGCGAUCGCUGCAGCCGCUGCUGAGUACACGAGUUUAGGGCGAAGCAGGAUUAUGGGACUCUCUGAGAGCUCUUCAGAAACCUCCAGGCUGAGCUCAAAGAGUGCCAAGGAGAGAAGAAACCGAAGAAAGAAAAAGAACCAAAAGAAGCUGUCCAGUGGCGAGGAAAAGGGUGACGAUGAGAAGCUGUCCAAGUCGGGAUCAGAGGAAAGCAUCCGAAAGAAAAGCUUCCAUCUCGGAGUGGAGGGGCAGCACCGGACCCGGGAAAAGAGGCUGUCCACCCCCAACCAGUCGCCACUCAGCAUUCGCGGGUCCUUGUUUUCUGCCAGGCGCAGCAGCAGAACGAGUCUCUUCAGUUUUAAGGGGCGAGGAAGAGAUCUGGGAUCUGAGACAGAAUUCGCUGAUGAUGAGCACAGCAUUUUUGGAGACAACGAGAGCAGAAGGGGUUCGCUAUUCGUACCCCAUAGACCCCGAGAGCGGCGCAGCAGUAACAUCAGCCAGGCCAGUAGGUCUCCGCCAGUGCUGCCGGUGAACGGGAAGAUGCACAGUGCAGUGGACUGCAAUGGCGUGGUGUCGCUUGUUGAUGGACCCCCAGCCCUCAUGCUUCCCAAUGGACAGCUUCUUCCAGAGGGCACAACUAAUCAGAUGCGCAAAAAAAGACUCUCUAGUUCUUUCUUUCUGUCUGAGGACAUGCUGAAUGACCCACACCUCAGGCAAAGAGCAAUGAGCCGAGCAAGCAUUCUAACCAACACUGUGGAAGAACUUGAAGAAUCUAGACAAAAAUGUCCACCAUGGUGGUACAGAUUUGCUCACACAUUUUUAAUCUGGAAUUGCUCUCCAUAUUGGAUAAAAUUCAAAAAGCUCAUCUAUUUUAUUGUAAUGGAUCCUUUUGUAGAUCUUGCAAUUACCAUUUGCAUAGUUUUAAACACCUUAUUUAUGGCGAUGGAGCACCAUCCAAUGACUGAUGAAUUCAAAAAUGUACUUGCAGUGGGGAACCUGAUCUUUACAGGGAUCUUCGCAGCUGAAAUGGUUCUGAAGUUAAUAGCCAUGGAUCCCUAUGAAUAUUUCCAAGUAGGGUGGAAUAUAUUUGACAGCCUGAUUGUGACCUUGAGUUUGGUAGAGCUUUUCCUAGCAGAUGUGGAAGGAUUAUCAGUCCUGCGGUCAUUCAGAUUGCUGCGAGUCUUCAAGUUGGCAAAAUCCUGGCCCACACUGAAUAUGCUCAUUAAGAUCAUCGGCAACUCGGUGGGCGCACUGGGCAACCUGACGCUGGUGUUGGCCAUCAUCGUCUUCAUUUUUGCUGUGGUCGGCAUGCAGCUGUUUGGAAAGAGCUACAAGGAGUGUGUCUGCAAGAUCAACCAGGACUGUAAGCUGCCGCGCUGGCACAUGAACGACUUCUUCCACUCCUUCCUGAUCGUGUUCCGUGUGCUGUGUGGAGAGUGGAUAGAGACCAUGUGGGACUGCAUGGAGGUCGCCGGCCAGACCAUGUGUCUUAUUGUUUACAUGAUGGUCAUGGUGAUUGGGAACCUUGUGGUCCUGAACCUGUUUCUGGCUUUAUUACUGAGUUCCUUUAGUUCUGACAAUCUUACAGCAAUUGAAGAAGACACCGACGCAAACAACCUCCAGAUUGCAGUGGCCAGAAUUAAAAGAGGAAUCAAUUAUGUGAAACAGACCCUGCGUGAAUUCAUUCUAAAAUCAUUUUCCAAGAAGCCGAAGGGCUCCAAGGACACAAAACGAACAGCAGAUCCCAACCAAAAAAGAGAAAACUAUAUCUCAAACCGUACCCUUGCGGAGAUGAGCAAAGAUCACAAUUUCCUCAAAGAAAAGGAUAAGAUCAGUGGUUAUGGCAGCAGUCUAGACAAAAGCUUUACGGAUGAAAAUGAUUACCAGUCCUUUAUUCAUAAUCCCAGCCUCACAGUGACAGUGCCCAUUGCACCUGGGGAGUCUGAUUUGGAGAAUAUGAACACAGAAGAGCUUAGCAGUGACUCAGAUAGUGAUUACAGCAAAGAGAGACGGAAUCGGUCAAGUUCUUCAGAGUGCAGCACAGUCGAUAACCCUCUACCAGGAGAAGAGGAGGCAGAAGCUGAGCCUGUCAAUGCAGAUGAGCCUGAAGCCUGUUUUACAGAUGGUUGUGUGCGGAGAUUUCCAUGCUGCCAAGUUAAUGUAGACUCCGGGAAAGGCAAAGUUUGGUGGACCAUCAGGAAGACCUGCUACAGGAUAGUAGAACACAGCUGGUUUGAAAGCUUUAUUGUUCUCAUGAUCCUGCUCAGUAGCGGAGCUCUGGCCUUUGAAGAUAUAUAUAUUGAAAAGAAGAAGACCAUUAAGAUUAUCCUGGAGUAUGCUGACAAGAUAUUCACCUACAUCUUCAUUUUGGAAAUGCUUCUAAAAUGGGUGGCAUAUGGGUAUAAAACAUAUUUUACUAAUGCCUGGUGUUGGCUGGACUUCUUAAUUGUUGAUGUGUCUCUAGUUACUUUAGUAGCCAACACUCUUGGCUACUCAGACCUUGGCCCCAUUAAAUCUCUACGGACACUAAGGGCUCUAAGACCCCUAAGAGCCUUGUCUAGAUUUGAAGGAAUGAGGGUAGUGGUCAACGCUCUCAUAGGAGCCAUCCCUUCCAUCAUGAAUGUGCUUCUUGUAUGUCUUAUAUUCUGGCUAAUAUUUAGCAUCAUGGGAGUCAAUCUGUUUGCUGGCAAGUUCUAUGAGUGUGUUAACACCACAGAUGGGUCAAGAUUUUCUACAUCUCAAGUUGCAAACCGUUCUGAGUGUUUUGCCCUGAUGAAUGUGAGUGGAAAUGUGCGAUGGAAAAACCUGAAAGUAAACUUCGAUAACGUUGGACUUGGUUACCUGUCGCUGCUUCAAGUUGCAACAUUCAAAGGAUGGAUGGAUAUCAUGUAUGCAGCAGUUGACUCUGUUAAUGUAAAUGAACAGCCAAAGUAUGAAUACAGCCUCUACAUGUACAUUUAUUUUGUCAUCUUCAUCAUCUUUGGCUCAUUCUUCACUUUGAACUUGUUCAUUGGUGUCAUCAUAGAUAAUUUCAACCAACAGAAAAAGAAGCUUGGAGGUCAAGAUAUCUUUAUGACAGAAGAACAGAAGAAAUACUAUAAUGCAAUGAAGAAGCUGGGGUCCAAGAAACCACAAAAACCAAUUCCGAGGCCAGGGAACAAAUUCCAAGGAUGUAUAUUUGACUUAGUGACAAACCAAGCUUUCGAUAUCACCAUCAUGGUUCUUAUCUGCCUCAACAUGGUAACCAUGAUGGUAGAAAAAGAGGGGCAAACUGAGUACAUGAAUUAUGUUUUAUACUGGAUCAACAUGGUGUUCAUUAUCCUGUUCACUGGGGAAUGUGUGCUGAAGCUGAUCUCCCUCAGGCAUUACUACUUCACUGUGGGAUGGAACAUUUUUGAUUUUGUGGUAGUGAUCCUCUCCAUUGUAGGAAUGUUUCUCGCUGAGAUGAUAGAGAAGUAUUUUGUGUCCCCUACCCUGUUCCGAGUCAUCCGCCUGGCCAGGAUUGGACGAAUCCUACGCCUGAUCAAAGGCGCCAAGGGGAUCCGCACUCUGCUCUUUGCUCUCAUGAUGUCUCUUCCUGCGCUGUUCAACAUCGGCCUCCUGCUUUUCCUGGUCAUGUUCAUCUACGCCAUCUUUGGCAUGUCCAACUUUGCCUAUGUUAAAAAGGAAGCUGGAAUUAAUGACAUGUUCAAUUUUGAGACCUUCGGCAACAGCAUGAUCUGCUUGUUCCAAAUCACCACCUCUGCGGGCUGGGAUGGACUGCUGGCCCCCAUCCUCAACAGUGCACCUCCUGACUGUGACCCAAAAAAAGUUCACCCAGGAAGUUCAGUUGAAGGAGACUGUGGAAAUCCAUCUGUGGGGAUUUUCUACUUUGUCAGCUACAUUAUCAUAUCCUUCCUGGUUGUGGUGAACAUGUACAUCGCUGUCAUCCUGGAGAAUUUCAGUGUUGCCACAGAAGAAAGUACUGAGCCUCUGAGUGAGGACGACUUUGAGAUGUUCUAUGAGGUCUGGGAGAAGUUCGACCCCGACGCCACUCAGUUCAUAGAGUUCUGCAAGCUCUCUGACUUUGCAGCUGCCCUGGAUCCUCCCCUUCUCAUCGCAAAGCCAAACAAAGUCCAGCUCAUAGCCAUGGACCUGCCCAUGGUGAGUGGAGACCGCAUCCACUGCCUGGACAUCUUAUUUGCUUUUACAAAGCGGGUCCUGGGUGAGAGUGGAGAGAUGGAUUCUCUUCGUUCACAGAUGGAAGAAAGGUUUAUGUCAGCCAAUCCUUCUAAAGUGUCCUAUGAACCCAUCACAACCACACUGAAGCGAAAACAAGAGGAUGUAUCUGCGACUAUCAUUCAGCGUGCUUACAGACGGUACCGUCUUAGGCAAAACGUCAAGAAUAUAUCAAGUAUAUACAUAAAAGAUGGAGACAGGGAUGAUGAUUUGCCCAAUAAAGAAGAUAUAGUUUUUGAUAAUGUUAACGAGAACUCAAGUCCAGAAAAGACAGAUGCAACUGCCUCUACCGUCUCUCCACCCUCCUAUGACAGUGUCACAAAGCCUGAUCAAGAGAAAUAUGAAACAGACAAAACAGAGAAGGAAGACAAAGAGAAAGACGAAAGCAGGAAAUAG